AUGAAAACAUCUCAUAUUGGACUUUAUCCUCAUUUGAUUAAUCCUGAUACUGGUCAUCCUGUAGGUGACUAUAUUACUUGGGGAGGUAUGGCUGAUAGCUUUUACGAAUAUAUCAUCAAACAAUAUGUAUUUUCCAAUGGACAAGAUACACAAAAGAAAGAAAUGGCGAUUCAAGCUGUACAAGGACUUCAAAAGUUUUUAUUACAAUCUCCCAAGGAUUAUGAUGAUAUCGCCUUUCUUGCUAACAUCAACAAUGGAAUCAUGACACCCCUUAUGGAUGAAUUGGCCUGUUUUGCUCCCUCAGUUUUACUACUCAGUGCUCGUUGGAUCGAAGAACUAGCAGAUGUAGAACAGGAUGCUGCCAAACUUUUACGAGGUUGUUAUAGAGCAUGGGCAUCUACACGUACAGGUAUUGCUCCUGAAGUAUUUGGUUGGAUUGACAAGAAUGGGAAUUCAGGAAUCAACUUGACUGAACGACAAUCACAAUUAUCACAACAAUUUGGUGUCUUUCCAGUUUAUCCUUCUUAUAUUCUUCGUCCUGAAACACUGGAAUCUCUCUUUUAUUUUUAUCAGACAACGGGUGAUAAACGAUAUCAAGAUAUGGCAUGGGAUAUCUUCAAUUCUCUUCAUACGUAUUGUCUCGCGAAUUCUGGAUUCUCUGGAAUAGACAAUGUAGAUGCUUUUUCACCAAAAUGGGAUGAUCGACAAGAAAGUUUCUUGUUUGCCGAAACAUUCAAGUAUCUGUAUCUGAUAUGGGAUGAACCGUUGAUCGGAUCUCGGUUCCCAUUGGAUCAAUGGGUAUUCAAUACCGAAGCUCAUCCUUUACGGAUCAUCACUCGUAGUAAUCCCACUCCCUUCUACUCUCGUGCAUGGCAUUGGCUCAAGGAUCAAUUUCAUUCUAUAUUUACCAUAGCUAGAAAUACUUUUAUGUUUUUUAUUUGA